AUCAAUCAUCAUAAUUAUUUGGUAGUUUACACGUGUAACUAUUAAUACUAAUAUUUUGCUAAAUCCUUCUUUUUGACGCAGUCGGGUGAAAAGCCUUCAAGAUGGGAUCCAGCACAUCUACAGCGCUGAUAUCUGCAGUACAGGUGCCUGUCACCUUCCUGAGUAUGCUGGAACCUGAGGGGUUACUGUGGCCGAAACAGGCUGAACUUACAAACAAUACUGCAUAUGAUUACAUAGUCGUAGGAGGAGGAUCAGCCGGUUGUGUGGUCUCCAGUAGACUGGCAGAAAGUGGGAAGAAUACUGUGUUCAUGGCAGAAGCUGGAGACGAUCCACCUAUAAUAGCUUUGGUCCCUGGGCUAUUUUCGUUACUACCAGGAUCUAAGUUUGACUACAACUACAGAUCAACAAAAGAUACAUAUGCAGCCAAAGGUCAGAACUACUACACCACAUUACAAGCCGGGAAGAUGCUUGGAGGCAGUGACACUCUCAACCAUCUUCUGCAUACAAGAGGAGUACCAUCAGACUUUGACACCUGGGCCGAAAUAUCCAAAGACAGCUCUUGGAAAUAUGACAAUAUCCUCCAGUACUUUAUAAAGAGUGAAAGACUGGUCGAUGACCCAAUACUUAAAAAGUAUGGUAAAUAUCAUGGCACUAGUGGGCCUAUGGGAAUCUCAAGGCAACCAGAAGAUACUCAGGUUGCUAAUUUAUUAAAAUCUUUUGCUGAAGUCGGCAACCCAAGUGUUUUGGAUUUAAACGCUGAAAAUACUUUGGGUUAUACACAACCACUGUUCAUGAUAGCUGAUAAAAAAAGACAGACACCGGCUUAUUCUUACUUGAAAAAUGUUAAAACUAAUUCAAACUUAUUUAUUUCGAAGAACACCAGAGUAACUAGAAUUAUUUUUGAGGACAAUAAGGCUGUGGCAAUUGAAGCUGUGUAUAAUGGCAAAACUUAUGUUUUCAGAGCGAACAAAGAGAUUAUUGUAAGCGCAGGAGUUUACAAUACUCCUCAAAUCCUUCAGCUUUCAGGAAUAGGUCCCAAAGAACAUUUAGAGCAGUUCAACAUAAAAGUGAUAAAAGAUUUACCAGUCGGCAACAAUUUAAUAGACCAAGUGGCUGUCACGCUGGUUUACAAGUUAGAAUCUCAUAUAGCCUUUUUACCAAACCUGGCAGAUGUUGAAUUAGACCCUACUAAGGUACCUUUCCCUGUGUUGGUAGGUUCAGUAGCUUUAAACAAGACUCAGACGGAUCCAGAUUAUCAAACGUAUAAUUUGUUGUUGGGCCAGAAUACUCCAUUUUUGACCAUCGCUUGCGCACAAGUAUUUGACCUUCGAGAUGGAAUUUGUGACCAAUGGCAGACAGAAGUUACAAAUAGAGAUUCAUUAUAUACAGUUGCUGCUCUCUUGCAACCUAAAUCUAGAGGAACAGUUCGUUUGGCAAGUACCGAUCAAUCUAAAGCCCCUUUAAUAGAAACAGGAUACUUUACAAAUAAAGAAGACUUAAAAACAAUGGUGAAAAUAAUAAAAGAUUUCACUAGCGUUAGUAAUACGAAGUAUUUUAAGAAGAUCGGUGCUGAACUAGCUGGGUUAAACCUUGAUGUUUGUGCAGACAAAAAGAAAGGUACUGAUGAAUUUUGGGAGUGCUAUAUUUUAAAUCAUGCUGGCAGUCCUUAUCAUACAGUUGGUACUUGUCCUAUGGGAGAAGUUUUAGAUGGCCAGUUGAAGGUCAAAGGAGUCGAAGGUCUGAGAGUAGUAGAUGCUAGUGCCAUGCCGAAGAUACCUCGAGGUGCACCUAAUGCGGCUGUUAUUAUGUUAGCUGAGAAAGCUGCUGAUAUGAUUAAAAGUGCAAAUGCUAACUAAUGUUUCUUUAAAUAUUGACCUUGCUAUUGUCCGACUAAACCCUGUUAUCAAUAUGAAUAAAUAUUUCAUGUUUA